CCACUACCAAAGUUGUCAAACAGCUUCCUUUCAACCUCCAAUCACCGCGAGAGUAGUUAUGGUUGCGUUCUGAAGCUGCGUCCUUUCGUCCAAUCAGCUCCCGGAAGUUCAUUCCGCUUUUUGGUUCUCCAGGGUGGCCGUGAGGGGCUCUGCGGGGGGUGCAAAGGUGAGAGGAGGGAAGUGGUUCCCUCGACGACCUUAAGUAAUAAGAUGGCCCAAAAUCUCUUCCGAUCAUUGUCUAUUCCAGUCAAGCGUCUCACGCCGGUGCUUCAUCCCAGACCUUCAUUGCUUCUGUACAGAGUUUCAGCUCUGCCAUGCAAGAAACCCUGGUGUACUUCCUUUGCUUUUCCUGCCAUGCCUUCACAGACUAGGACAUUUUCUACUACUCAGAUCUGUUGGCAUACUUUUAAUGUCCAGGAUGAGAAUGACUUCCAAGACAGAGUUUUGAAAAGUCAAAAACCAGUGGUAAUAGAUUUCCACGCCCAAUGGUGUGGUCCCUGCAAAAUCCUGGGUCCCAGACUAGAAAAGGUCGUGUCUAAACAUGACGGAAAGAUUCUGAUGGCAAAAGUGGACAUUGAUGAUCAUACUGAUCUUGCCCUUGAAUAUGAGGUGUCAGCUGUACCCACUGUCUUAGCCAUGAAGAAUGGUGAUGUGGUGGAUAAGUUUGUGGGAAUCAAAGAUGAAGAUCAAUUAGAAGCUUUUCUCAAAAAACUGAUUGGACCCUGAGCAGCAAGGACAGUUGUGUUCUCUGAGCCAAGGCUUUCUCCAUUUGUCCUUUUUUAAAAUAUAUAAAUAUAUAUAUGUAUAUAUAAAUGUUUCCUUAGAGGGAAUGGGAGAAAUUGCAUGGUUGGACUAGCAUCUGUUUUUUGAAGAGAGCGGAUGAUACCUACUUCCCCCUUCUUCUGGGGGAGUGGUGCUAGUAGUUCCUACUGUGGUGGAAAGGCUGAUUGUUCUGCAAUAAAGACUGGAGGUUGCUGCCUGCUAGCAGAUGCCCAAUGACAAGAAAGUCUUCCUAAUAUAGCAGCCUCUUCUUAAUAUACUUUCUCAUACAUAUUGGAGACACUUCCCAUUCCUGUCCAAUGUAAAACCCAAUGUGGUUAAUUAUUGCUGCUUAUGGCAGCAGUUGUUCUGCUUCAUCUCUGCAGCUUUCCUCCUUUGUUUAGUGGUAGAUUAAAAUCAUUUGCAGUUUUUGACGGUAGCCUCAGUUCCUCUCCUGCUGUCAUCAAUUAAAUUGAGAGAAACAUUGAUUGAUUGGAGCCUUUUUAUUAGUAGAUCUAUAAUAAAAAAAAUAACUGUAAUUAUUCCAUUUUCUUUUGGUAUAUAAUUCCCCUUCUGCAGGAAAAUUAAAAUUGUUCAAUAUAACUUGAGUAGUAUAGGGUUGAAUACGGAAUAUGAAUAAGGAAAAGAUUGGCAUUAAACCUUCGCUAGUCCACAGACACAAAGCCUUUUGUGAGAAGAAACUGUCCCCUCCUUUUUGCCUAAGCAUUUUAUCUCCAAACGUAUUUGGGGGAAACCAAUGCAUUAGAAGUGCUUUUUUAAAAGAACCAAUGAAAUACUUUUUCAUGCCACUUUCCACUCAUUUUUGAAUCUAUUCUCUAUAAAUGAUAGAUCAAGUCAAAUUUUAAAUUUCACAAUGUUUUAAUUUCAGGCCAGAUGUCCAAUUUAUUUAGAUUUUGCUAUGGAUUUUUACAUUUUCAUAAAUCUAUGGGGGAAAACUGCUAGAUUGUAACAUUAAAGGAAUUAGUUAGGCUUCCUUUAUUGAUUAUAAGGAAGCUGAGCAGAAAAAGUCAUUUCUCUUCUUUAACAAAUAAAAUACCUGGUAGAAAAGCAGCAUCUCUAUGAAGCGUCUGACUGAGAUGGUGUAGGGUUUCCUGCCUGGACAGGGGGUUGGACUAGAAGGCCUCCAAGGUCCCUUCCAACUCUGAUGUUAUGUUAUGUUAUGUCCUUGUUCUGCACAAACAUACAGACUUCAUUUUAAAUAUUAAAGAAAUUAAAAGAACAAAAAUCCAGCCACGUGGUGCAUCUAAUAAAUUCAAUUAUAUCCUUAUUGCCUCUAUGGACUUUUAAACCAUACGUCAAAACUUCAGUUACUUACAGAAUCAGAACUAUCAUGGAUCUAUUGAAAGUGAAAUGCUUCAGUUUGUUUCUGUGUCAUCUGAGAUGGAUUAUUUUUUUUAACACCCCCUCCUUUUACUCAGCAAUAGAACAUGGUUAGAAAUAUUUUAGUAUCGGUCAUAGAAACAUGAGAAUGGUCAGAGGUUGCCUUCACACAUUACUACAGAGCAGUGUUUUCAACCGUAGCAACUUUAAGAUGUCUCAAGUCCAAUUCCCAAAAUUCCCCAGCCACCAUGCUGAGAAAUUCUGAGAGUCCAAAGAUCUUAAAUUUACUAAGCUUGAGAAAUAUUGCUAUAAAGGACAGUGUGAUUUGUUUGGCUUAGGUUAGUGUGUUGUUUGAAACCAGCCUUAUGAAAAUAGAUGGGUGACUUAUGGCUUACUGUGCUCUUCAAACCCAGCCAAUAGCAAAUGUUUAUUAUUUAGCAAAUCAUGGCAGAGUGUGAUAGGUCAACCAUAUCAGUAAUUAAGGAAUUUAUGAAUACUUUUAACAUUGUCCUUUUUGUUGAUGGUUAUCCUGGAUUAGAUGGACAUCAUGUUUUAAACAGUCUCAAAAUGGAAGCAGAUUUUGCUCUAUUUCUGUCUUGUACUGUUACAUAUUUCCUAUAAUAAUAAGGAUAUUAGUCUGUGCCAGGAUAAUGCAUAAAAAUUACUCCUAUUGGAGAACAGGAUGUUCUGUGAGCAUGUCAUCAAUCCAAUAAAACUAUUCUAAAUCUUUA